ACUCACUUUCGCUCAGCACUAACAUAAAGAAAACUCAACAUUUACCCAAUCAGCCUGCAAGAAUCAGAGACAAUUUGAUACUAACAAAUGAUAGGAAACCUUAAGAAUUUCGAACUCAAAGCAGACUUCAACGUACUAUAAAAUUAAAGUCUACAAAAACUAAAUAGCUCUUAGCCUGUUUCUCUUACGCAAACUAUAUUUGUAUUUAACGUGAUGAAUUUUCUAACAUUUCUAUGGCUUUGCGUUUUAGGCUAAUAAUAGCAUACGAACAAUUUUUGACUUUUGGAUCGGCGCAGCGCAGCAAAUCGACGUCAGACAUGCCCACGCAGAGCAGCGCCAUGUGGCGACAGAGGAGCAAUCGUGGCUUGCUCAUUGGCAUCUUCGGAUUCUGCCUUGGACUGUUCGGCAUCAUGUGCGGCAUGUUCUGGGAGGAUAUAUUCAAUUGGUUCAAGCAUAAGGAAAUGGCGCUGGCACCCGACACACGAGUCUAUGAGAACUGGAAGACGCCGCCGAUGGAGCUGCACCUGGACAUCUACCUGUACAACUGGACCAAUCCCGAAGAGUUCGGCAACCUGAGCAGCAAGCCCAUUCUGCAGCAGCUCGGCCCGUAUCGCUUCAUCGAUAAGCCCGACAAGGUCAACAUUAGCUGGCAUCCAGCUAACAGCUCGGUUACCUACCGCCGGCGCAGCUUCUACUAUUUCGAUGCGGCCGGCAGUGCGGGCAGCCUGGACGAUGAGAUCACCACACUGAAUGCAGUCGCCCUGUCCGCGGCAGCCACGGCCAAGCAGUGGAGCGCUGUGAAGCGAGGCAUGGUCGAUGUGGGCCUCAAGCUCUAUGGCCAGGAGAUGUCUGUGACGAAAACGGUCGACGAGAUGCUCUUCACUGGCUACAGCGACUCCAUGAUUGAUGUCGCCAUGGCCAUGCCCAUCUUUGGGGAUGAGGUUAAGGUGCCCUUCGACAAGUUCGGCUGGUUCUACACACGUAAUGGCAGCGCCGACCUAACUGGCGUCUUUAACGUUUACACUGGCGCCGACGAUCUCUCCCAGCUGGGUCAGAUGCACUCCUGGAACUAUCACACGCACACGGGCUUCUUUGACUCUUAUUGCGGCAUGACCAAUGGCUCAGCGGGCGAGUUCCAGCCGCAGCAGCCCCAACCGGGCGGCAGUGUGGGCCUCUUCACGCCUGACAUGUGCCGCACCCUGCCGUUGGACUAUGUGGAAACGCUGCAAAUCGAAGGGUUGCAAGGCUACAAAUUCGCGGGCGGCGAUCGCUCCGUUGACAAUGGCACACUUUAUCCCGAGAAUCUGUGCUUCUGUGGCGGCGAGUGCGUGCCUUCCGGCGUGAUGAACAUCAGUUCGUGCCGCUUCGGCUCACCCGUAUUCAUGUCCUAUCCCCAUUUCUAUAACGCCGAUCCGUACUAUUUGGAACAGGUGGAGGGCUUGGAGCCAGAUAAGGAACGCCACGAGUUCUAUAUGGUGGUGGAGCCGAGCACUGGCAUUCCGCUCGAGGUGGCGGCACGUUUCCAAGUCAACAUGCUGGUGGAGCCCAUCGAUGGCAUUCAAUUGUAUACGGACAUUCCGCGCAUUUUCUUUCCGCUCAUUUGGUUCGAGCAGAAGGUAACAAUCACCUCAGAGCUGGCCGAGCAGCUCAAGCUCCUGCCCGCGGUGCUGCUGGGUGGCCAAAUAUUUGCGGGUAUCUGCCUGGCCAUUGGUCUCAUUCUCCUGCUCUGGAUGCCCAUGCAGCAGCUGCUCAGCUGGUGCCAGACGCGUCGGUACGACGUUAAGACGCAGCAAAAGAGCAACGGACAGUACAAGAGUCGCUCUCAGUUCUCCAGCGCCGAGGAACUCAAGUCCAAGGCAUCCACCUUGGUCUGCGAGAAAAGCGCUGGCGAAUCACCAGACAGCUCGCCGUUGCUCGAACGCAAUUCCACGCCCGCCGCUAUGAUAACCAAGUCACAGACAGAUGACAACGAGGUCAUAUGCAUACGCGAGGGCACAGACAGCAAACAGGACUAAAGCAAAUAAACUGGAACAACUAGCCGUCCUAGUGCUUUAAAUAGUUUAUAGCCAAUUAGUUUAGGAAAA